AUUAAAAAUGUCAAUAGCAGAAAGUCAAAAGUCUAAAUUCUAUCAGACUGCGAAUGCAUUUUUAGUGUAGAAAAAUUAAAUUUUGUACACCAGCAAGCAAUAUUUUCAAAAAAUAUAAGCCUCAGGAACAAAAAUUAUUAUAAUGUUGCGAAAAGCAUUGCUCACUCCAAGAUUUGAAAACUUUCAGGUGGUAUGUGUAAGGCAUAAACAAGUGAAACUUCCAAAGGUCGAUAAAAAAUUUCAAGCAGAAGCUGAAUCACUUGCUGCUAGGGGGUUUCUUCGACCUAACAAGCCCUGGGAUCCUCCAGUCGAUAUAAACACAACAAUACUAAAAAUAUGCUCUGAAAAUGGCCUCAAUGAACAAUCGACAUUUGAUUCCUUGGAAAUCAAGUACUCGGUGUUAAAAGCAUGUUUUGAUCAAACAGGUCACUCUGUACCAAACUCCUUACUACAUACUAUUGAGAAUGUUGAUGACUUGCAAACAUUUUACGAAACACCUGUUGAUACUUUGACACCUUUUGAUAGUCUGAAGAAAAUGGAACUUCCUAGGAAUUUACAUGUUCAGGAAGAUUACGUCCGAUUCCAUCCAGAUAAAGAUACUCUAUUUAAUGGAAAGACAGUUUUUCCGAAACGUUCUUCAAUUGUCUCAGGAUUAAAGGCCCGGAAGAAGUAUGAAGGUUUCACAGCAAAGAGAUCUUGGCCUUAAUAAAAAUAACAUAAUAUGUGUAUAAUUUUGUGUAAAAUAUUAUUAGUUGGUAGAUAAGUAAUAAAUCUAAUAAUAAAAUGAUUUUAAGCAAGAA